AUGAUGGCAUCCUUGAGUAAUUUAGCAUUGAUCAGUCAAUCUGAACUUCCACAUGAAAAUAAGUUAUGGCCGAAAAAAUUUGAACCAAUAUCGAGUCGUUUGAAAAAUCGUGCUAAUAAUGGUGUACGUUUAUUUCGACGUAAAAAUUAUUCAAGUCAAAUAAAUAUCAGUUCACUCGAUAAUAAUCAUAAUCAACCAAAUCUUGCUCAUGAUAUACCAAAAUCGAUUGAUCAAAAUAAUGUUAUAUUAUUAAAACGUUCAAAUUCAAUGACAAAUACGGAUCGUUUAUUACAUCGUAAUUCUGUAUGUUUUGAAUUAGCCGGCUGUUCAAUUGAUGAAAGUUCGACAGACGAUACUAUAUUACAAUCACAAUCACAACCACGAUCACGAAUAAACGCCAACGCUACAAAAUUAUCGACUGUUUAUCCAAUGACUGAUAUUCAAGAAAAUGGAAUUAUUGGUGACCUAAAUACAAAUAACAACAACAACAAUAAUAAUAAUGAUAGUAAUAAUAAUAAUAAUAAUAAUAAUAAUAAUAAUAAUAACCAUGAUGAUGAACAUGUGAAAAAAGAAUUUAGUUUUAUUCAACAUUCUAAAACAUCGAGCAAAACGAAUUCUGAUAAUGUAGACAGUGCGUCAAUAAAAAAUGAUUUAGUGGAAGAAAAUAAAACAUUAUUUCGUAAAACCGUACUCGAUCAGAAAACAUGCGAACCAUUUACUGCUGAUGUAUCAUUAAUUGAUUUUGUUGAUAACAAUCAUUUGUCAAAAUCUAUUGCUACUACAACUUUAGACAAAGAAACAAUUAUUUCUAAUCUAAAAGAUGAAACUGACGAUCACAAAACAAAAAAAUUAGAUAAUACUGUUACAACUGUGCCGUUAAUACUUACAACAACGAAUAAUAAUACUGUUAUAAUGAGACAAAAAGCUGAUGCAAUUCGAUCACGUCGACAUAUUCAUUCAUCACAAUGUGUUCAAUGUAAUCAUUUGACAUUAUCUCAGCAAUCUCAACGGUAUCAUUUUUGUGAACAUAUUACCAAACAAGAUCAACAACAACGACAACAACAAUAUUCUUCUUUGAUAAGAACUCCAACAACACAAGAUGAACGGUAUUUUGAUUGUAAAUUAUCUUUAGAUUCAGCUAAUAAUAGUUAUGAAACCGUACAAGCGAAUAAUGAAGAACAAAAAAAGCCUAAAACUCUAUUAUCAAGAUGUACAAUGACAGGAAAAUCAUUGGUCAAUUUAGUAACAGAACCGAUAAUAGAUAAUCAAUUGGAAAAAGGUGUACAAACAUAUGAGGAUCAAAAUAGUGAUAAUAUACAAUUAAAACAUACAAUAUCAUCUACGCCUCUAAUUUUAUCGUCAUCUUCAAAUUCGAUUAUAACCGAUUCUUUAGAAAAAACUUCAAAAUCAUUUGAUAAUUCAAAUUCAUCAUCACCAACGUCCAUUAAAACAACAACGAAUAAUCAUUUAGCUCUACGAGAAGAAUCUUCUUCAGAUGACAGUUGUAAUACAAAAUCUGCAAUAACUACUAUUGGAGCAGAAAAUUCUGUACUAUAUCGUACACAAAUAAAAAAACCGACAUCAACUACAACAAUUAAUUCACGCUGUUACAAAUGGCCGCAUGUUUCAGAUCGUUUAAUUGAUAGCCAAUCUUGUGUAUAUUGGGUUAACUAUUUGGGUACGUAUUCUUAUUCAAUAUGUAGUACAGCAAUCAAAUUAAAUGAAACACAAUCAUCUUCAACAAGUCCAAUAUGUAGUGCAAUACAACGUUUAAAACAGUCAACUAAAUAUUCACGUGUAUUACCCAUCAUUGGUUUAAGUAUAUCAUCACGCGGCGUAGAGUUUCUAAAACAUAGUAAAGAUAAAAUCAUCAUAUGUUUUCAUGAUAUUAAAACAAUCAAUUGUGCUGUACAAGAUAAUGAUGAUUUAAAAUAUUUUGCAUACGUAACACGAGAACAACGUUUAUCCAAUGUUGAAAAACAACGUUCAAUCGAUGAUCAACAACAACAACAAUCAUCACCUCCUAUUAUUGAUUAUCAUAAUUAUUGUCACGUAUUUGUAGUUAAAACUGACAUGAUGUCUACAGAGAUAAUGUUGACGUUUGGUCAAAUAUUCGAUAUCGCCUAUCGUAUAUAUCGUCGGGAAAAAUCGAAUAAAAAAAUUAAAGAAAAACAAGAACAACAACCAAUAGAAGCAGAAUCUUAUCGAUUAUCAACAAAAUCAAACUGUUCUUCACAAGAUAGUUGCUCAUUAAAACAAAUUGAUGAACAGAGAAUAUUUGUUUGA